AAACCGCAAUAUUGUCGCGGGAACGGGUGUGCCAACAUGGACAACAUGGACACGACCGACGGCGCUCUCCUUCCUGUGCAUGUUCGAAUCUUCCAGGGUCUUGUUCCGCAGGUGGCGAGCCAGGCCACAUCCCUGGAAAACAUUCUACGGACGCUGUGCCAAAAGAUCGAAACACUCGAGUCGUGCCUGGCAUCGAUCAACUCGGGCGUGGUGGAGAUGGACAUGCGCCUCAAGAUAAUUGCGCACAACAUCGAGGGCGGAACGAACGAUGAGGCGUUCAACGCCGCGAGCACAUUUAUGCCAUCGCUGGCCUCUCCCCUGCCGGCGACCAAGCCGUCCAAGUCGGCCGUGGUGUCGCACGUGAUGAGUGCGUUGGCCAUGGGGCACGUUGCCAAACCUUUGGAAAAACCCAAGAAGAGACGGAAGAAGCCGCCGCCUGCACUGUCGUCUCCUGCUGGGUUGGUAACCUCCAUCCCGACCGCCGAGUUGUCGGCUGGCCCGACAGAGACUCCCCCGACGCUCAACCGAGGCCACAGUUCCGCACGGCUACUUCGCGACUCGCCGCGAUCGCGAUACAUUCCCGACCAGAGAGACGUGCCGCAUACUGCCCGAUCCAAGGCGAAUGUGCAUGCGGUUCCUAUGGAACACAUAGCGUUGUCCGUCCAAGAAGCUACGACUCCUAGGGCUGCGAUAUCAAAGGAUAUACUAAACGACAGUCAGCAGACCAUCGUGACUGCGCCAACCAAGGGAUUAAGCACAGUGGAAGACAUAGGGAUUGAGCAAGUCCACGCAGAACCUUGGGAAAACAUCGCCCCCACGGACAUGAGGUUGUUAGUCGACGUUGAGGACAAGAAGGAUGAUCUUAUCAACUCCACCGACCCAAAUCGCCACGUGACAGCAUCCAAGGGACCAACCAUCUCAGUCGGAUACGAGGAGGCGUCCAAGAUGGAGGCAGACAGCAUCGACCGAUCUGUGCCAACCGGAGUAUCCAACACCACGCAGGUCGACAAGAUCCACACACCAACCGCCGACGGUUCCAACGUCCCGUCCAUCCAGCUCGAACGGCGGCGGCCGAGUCACCCCGAGCCGCCCCCUUCGCCCCCUCCAGACGACGCAGCAGCUGUGCAUACCAUUCCUCGCCUUCCUUUAUCGCGUUUGGUCGUUGAAAACAGCGCCGGCAAGUCGACCCAAACAACGCCAAGUGUGGCCAAACCUCAUGCCACCUCGAUGCAAGCAGCCGCUGCCCCAACAACGACUGUCGCGGCCGAACGACAGACGUUGCUAGCCAACGCCCAGCCACAGUCGACGGGUUCUACAGCCACUACUGCUACUACAACUACUAUUACAACUACCACUACGCAACCACAAUCAUACUCCCACACCGCUGGCAUGCCAUUACCGCUCGCGACAACCGAAACAACGUUGGUGCCCAAGGAGACUGCUGUUGGUCCCCAUUCCACCCGCUUACCCACCAGCAGUCCCCAAUCACCACGUGAACAGCACCGCCACACCAUCACCGCCGCCAUCGAUCCCUCGCCCGUCAAUCUUCUUUCCCAGGAGAAAUGGCCACCUCAAGAGGACGCCGAGAGCUCCGACGAAAGCAGCGACAGCGUCGAUGAAGAGGUCCAGCCCAGUGAGGAAGAGUUGCAGCGACUCAAGGAAGCGGGCCAACAUGGCUGGAAAGUAGUGCGCUCCAAACUGGCUACGAUCAAACGACCCAAGAACAUACUCUUCACCAAGAAAAAGCAAUUGUUUACUAUUGCCAAUCGGCUGGAGUUGCUGGAACGCAAGUCCAAGGAAUUGUUUGCCGGUGAAAAGCAGUUAACGCUGCUACUGGAGAAACAGGACAACGAUCUGUCGACUAAUAUUCUGGCCGCGGUGGAAUUGAAACUCAAGGCGCUUCAUCGAGAUAUACUGAAAAUCACGGACGACAAGGCCGAGAUGCACUUGGUCGUGCAGUUCUCGCACCGAAUUCGAGAUUUGGAAGAAAAUGUCCGCCACGUAAAUGCUGACAUGGCAGACAAACUGGCGGGCAAAGCCAGUCAAAUUGACAUGGAUCGGAAACUGGACAAGGCUCAAGCCAGUGCUCAAGUGAGGCACGAUUCGUUGCAGGAACAAUUGCGCGAACAAGCGAUGCAGUCCAGUGACCACGGUACUCGAUUGCGUUUGGUGGAGGAGCAUCUUGUGCAAUCGAACCAACGCACGGCCGACCAAUUCCACGACUUGGUGGCGCAAUUGCAGGCCAACCAAGCCGCCGUCGACGAUAUGCGGCGGCUGUUGCGCAAGAAAGCUGACGUGAAGGUGCUCAAAGGUUUGGAAGAGUCGAUGAUGCUAAAGCCCAAAGACCCGAUGGACCAGCAGCAGCAGCAGCCUUGUGCCGCUAGAUGCAUGUCUUGCAUGAAGGACAUUCUUGUGGAUCUUCCGGGAGGCGACCCCGAGAACGACGUCGCAGAUGCACACGAUUUAGUGCACAACGGCCUCACAAGGAAGGUCAACAUUGGCCAGUUUGCGUCCAAGGUGUAUCGAAGCUCUGUCCCACUCAACGCCGAGCUUGUGGGGGUUCGAGAGGAGGCACCUCAUCCCAUCUCCCCGCUAGAGUGAGUAUUAGAUAGCGUUUUGGAUUCAUUUUUUGAUCCGAUCUGCGAUACUGUUGGAGAUAGAAAACUCAACAUUACAGCCCACAAGAAGCUACUCAAAAAGCGGCCUGGCACGGCGCCGUUGAAACCUGCUCAUUCCAAGGGCCUGAAAUCGUGAUAGAUUGUACUAGUACUACGUAAGUAGUAUAAAUUUAACACUCCAAUCUAUCAAAAGUACUCAUA